UUGAAUGCAAUUCUUUGAAUAUCUUGAUAACGACUUGAAGUAAUCUUACGAUUUUGAUAGAGCAGAUAGAACAUUAGUUUUAGGCACGCAUAUGACCUUUUUAAACUUUUUAUGUUGCAAGUGUCUUAAAACUCACACUAAAACUAAAAACAGACUGUGUCACAGGAUCAAAUUUUCUCCAAUCAGACUAAAAACUUCUUUAUUUAUUUUACUAAAAUUCUGUGUGUGUGUGUGUGUGUGUGUGUGUGUGAGUGUGUGUUUUGUUGUUGUUGUACCUUAUCUGCUGCUGUAACUGAACCGAACGAUACAUAAAUAUUGUAUGUUUCAACUUGCAGGGAUUAAAGACUUGUGGGCUUCACUUUGAGCAGAGAAAAGUUUGCGCAUUUCAAAGACUUUCUUUUCCUGGAAUACUGUCAUUCUUUCUUGCUUCAGAAAAUGUAUUUUUUUGGUGUUUAUGUACUGUCUACCUGAAUUGAUUGGACAGUGCUCAUAUUUGUUUCCUAGUGUCAUAGAGUGCUAUUUUAUGCUAUUUAUUUUUAUUAAUAAUUUUUUGUCCAGUUAUUUGUUUCUUUUGUGUUGUGAUCCCUGUAGAUCAGAAAGAGAGACUGGUGCACUGUCGGCGCCGGCUGUUGUAUAGUACAACGGUUUGCCCUUCUCUCUUCUGAUUGUUAUUGUAAAUGUUCCUCCAUUGGAACAAUUUAGAUAUUGAGUAGGCAGGUUCUUUGACCCUGCCUGUUAGGACCAACCCAAGUUGAGAGAGAUGUAACAUCUCAGCAGCAGGAGAUAUUUGAUAAAAAAUACCCCAAGCAGGAAAUUGAACUAUUGUCUCCUGCAUGCGAUGGGAAAGGGCCUAACUGCUACACCACAGAUGUUCUAGACCGCUCUUCUGACACUGAGAGCUAAGCAGACACCCACACUAUGCAAUAUUUCUGUUAAACAAUAAAUGCUUACCGUGGCAGGAUAAGCCAGCUUCAAUGAACUCGGCAGCUUGCUGGGAGAUUGCAGAGACAAGUCAUAGUUCAUCAUAUCAGUUGCUCCAAUGCCCAAAAACUGGAUGUUGGACCGUUGGUACAUCACAUGGUUCGUAUUCACAUGAAAGGCAGUUUUCCCCAGAGCAGCAUUCAGAACAUGAGUAAUUCCCAGUUUUUUCAUGGAACCAAUUCUUUUGGCAGAAUCACUGAAAAAAAUUUGACAGGUGAUAGCUCAAUCUUUAAGUCACUGGGAUUAAAGUCAGAAAUUUGCUCCAAAAGUGCCCAUUUCACUUCAUGACAUGGACCCAGUUAGGCUUUUUGCUUUAGCAUGUAGAAGAUUUGAAAUAGAUUCUUGUGUGGGGUGAAAUUUUAUUAUCUCAAUCUUUCUUCCGUCAAUAUUUUCAUGUGGAGUGAAUUUUCAUUGAGUUUCUCAGUCUUUCUGAGGCAGAUUCCCGUGUGGGAUGAAUUUUUAUCGAGUAUCUCAGUCUUUCUGCUUGGAUGUUGUGUCCCUCUUAGCUCGGGUUGACCCAUACAGACAGAGUUGAAGCAGCCUACCUUUGUAAAUGAUCUAAAUUAUGUUGAUGAAUUCUAUUUAAUGCUAAUGACUAGAAAUAGAAAGUAUUGCUGUUCACUAGUUCAUGUUUCUUUCCUGCUAAUUAGUAUUAUUUUGCUUAUUGUCCUAUUUUGUCUGGCAACUGCUUUAUAGUUUUGAUUAUGAUCUUUUCUAAAGCUUGCAUGGCAGAGGACUGGCGUCUGUGGUGUAGACAUUAGGUGCUUUGCCGUGCCAUGGAGACGAUGUGAGUUCAACUCCUGUGCGGGGAGAAUUUUCAUCGAGUUUGACAGGCAGGGUCGAAACAGUUGUCUUGUAAAUGACCAGAACUGUGUUGAUAGGAGCAUAAAUAUUUACAAUAUGUAUGGAAAGUUUUUAUUUUUAAUAACUCCAAUUGCUCUGCCUUGGAUAUGUUCUUUAUUUUGUGUCCAUAAUGGCAUCAACAAUGGGCAAAACCAAAGGAACUGUCGGUAAUUCCUUUUUCCCAUCACAAAUUGAUUAUUCUAGGGGAGAGGGGAAUACUUCUCUUUUUUUGUCAAUGGUAGCAAACAAUUUUUCUCUACCUUACAGAUCUGAUGGUCCAGUAAGUCGAAGAAAAAUUAGCAGAAUCUGGUAGGAGUUGAAGAUGAUGUCUAUAUUUGAUGAAGAUCGGCCUUGUUCAGUUCAAGAACUACAGGAUAUUCUCACUGCACCCUCCCAUGGGAUGGCCAUGAUGCCAAGUACAGCCUUUGAUGAAGUUUAUGAAGGGAUAUUUAUUGGCGAGGGUGAUUCUGCCAAAAGAAUUGGUUGCAUGAAAAGACUGAGAGUCACUCAUGUUCUGAAUGCUGCUCUGGGGAAAACUGCCUUUCAUGUGAAUACGAAUCAUGUGAUGUACCAACGGUCCAACAUCCAGUUUUUGGGCAUUCCAGCAACCGAUAUGAUGAACUAUGACUUGUCUCAGCACUUCCAGCAAGCUGCCGAGUUCAUUGAAGCUGGCUUGUCCUGCCACGGUAAAGUCUUUGUCCACUGUGUGCAGGGUGUGAGCAGGUCUGCCACCCUAGUUCUGGCCUACCUGAUGAUCAAACGUCACAUGACUGCUCAAGAUGCCACUCGAUUGGUCAGAUCUGAACGAGAGAUAUUCCCCAACCCAGGCUUUCUACAACAGCUGUGUGACCUCCAUGAGAAAUUGAAGAGAGACGGACAUUUCCAGCAUGGAUGGAUUAACAGGAGAAAUCCAGGAGGAGCUGAGGAAUCCGUUGCUCGUUGUCGGUCGCCAGGAGUUGUCGACUCAAAAUCUGCCCAUUGUUUAGAAAGUGAGACUCCGGGGAGGCAAGAAGAGGAUUGCCACUGGGGAGUGUGUACAGUUGAGGACUUGGAGGAAAUCUUGACAGAGCCUAGUGGUGGUUUUAUGAUGCUGCCGAAUGAGCCUUAUCAUCAAAUUGAUGAGUUCAUCUACAUUGGAUCGCGAGCAUUUGCCAUGCGGAUAACAGAGUUGAAAAAGCUGGGUGUCACACACAUUCUGAAUGCUGCGCAGGGCAAAGGCUGCUCAACCGAUGCCUCAAUGUAUGAACCAGAAGGGCUGCAGUUUCUAGGUGUGCAAGCCACAGAUGCAUCAGGUUUUGACAUUUCUCAAUACUUCACCUGUGCUGCUGACUAUAUAGCGAGUGCCGUUGCCCAUAGAGGAAAGGUAUUUGUCCACUGUGUGGAAGGAGUCAGCAGAUCGGCCACACUGGUCUUAGCCUACUACAUGAUCAAACAGAGGAAGCCUGUACGUGAGGCCGUUUGUUUGGUCAGGAGCCAAAGGGAGAUUUGCCCAAAUUCUUCUUUUUUGCAACAGUUGUGUGACCUUGACCAACAGCUGAGCACCACUCAUCCUAGCCUGAAGUAAAAUGCUCCAAGUGAACUAUUUGCUUCAAAAUAUUUGUUAAAAAUUGAUAGAAGGAGAUUUAUCUUUACUAUGACAAUGAAGGCGCUGUUGUUCUGAAGUCUGGAAAAGCGAGACCUUAAAAAUUAUGUGUUUGACCCCCAAAUGAAGACGACUGAUAACAAUUACAUGUGAAAAUGGGUUUGAAAAGUAUGUGAUGGACAUCUCAUUCUUAAAUGGGACGGUUUGCUUGUUCUGUUGUUACCAUAUUGAGAGGGGCUUGUUUUUUAAUUUUAUAACUCUACCAUUAAAAUGUUGGAUGGAGAAGUCUUCGUAAUAGAUACAUUUGUAGAGCUGGUGCCUAUCACCAGGAAAGACAAACCAUUAAAAUCAUUAUGGAGGGCCAGAUCUGAAGCAGACAUUGACUAUCAUUGUUACCCCCUCUUCCUCUGAUUGGAUGCUCUGAAAAUACCUUUAUAUUCAUUGUUUUGAGAAAGAUGUUAUUGGUCUACCCCUGCCUCUUUUGCCUUCUGUUUUUUCCAGUGACGGCAAGAUGUUCAAGGCCUUUAUGUUGAUUCAUGUGUCCAAGAAAUUGCAUUUGUCUCUUCCUGAUUGUAUUUAUUAGUGAUCGGCCAACCCUGGCUUCUUUCAGUCAGCACUGCCUCAUUUGACUUUUUUCUCUUGCUAUUAAAUCCUCAACUCACUGUCUUUGUUAAUUUCCCAGCAUUCACAGCUGUAGGAAUAUUGACCACACACCUUUUUUGAAACUGUUAUUUUGGUUGUCAUUAUGGAACUUUUUAAAAUCCUAUCUGUACGUCAUGUUUUACUAUCGUAUCCAUACGACGUGGGGAACUCUGUGCCACUACU